AUGGCGCCGCACGACAGCGACACCGAGGAUCGUAAACGCGAUCGCGGUACGCGAGAUCGUGUUUCCUACGGAGGCGGCGACAGCGAGAGGCGCCCCUUCAAACGUCUCUAUUCAAGUUCUCGGCCUAGCGAAGAUAUGCCAAAGCGUUACAGAUACGAGCCAGACCCCAACGAAUUGCUGAGCGUGCAAGCUUUCGCUUCUUCCGAAAAUCUCACGCUUGACGCCGCGGAGUUGCCCGAAAAGUAUGCCGACUACAAGGACGAAUACUACAAGAAGCAGUACAAGCAAUUCUUCGACGCUCACAAGAAUGAGGAAUGGCUGCAGAAUAAAUACCAUCCACUGAAUCUGGCAGCCCGUGAGACAAAGAGAAGGGACGAGAUUGCGCGCCGGCUCUACGCGUACAACAAGCUAAAGGAAAGGGGCCACCUAGAGAAUCUGAGCCUGAACCCGGAGAAUGCGCGCAAUAUUGUUCGACUGCUAAAUGCAGUGGUGGUUCUCCUCGACGGCGGCGACGAGGAGAAGAUGGAGCGCGCCUUGAAGAUGGAAAUCUGCGCGGGCGCUGUGCGUGAUUUAAUCAAUGUUGGAGUGGAACUGCCGGAGGAGGCUGACAAGGUGCCCGAGCAUUCGCUGUUGACCCGGCGCGGCGGCGUCAUGAUUCGUUGCAUCCCGCCCGAGGCGACUGAUGCCGAGAUCAGCGAGGCCCUGCAGCGUUACCCGGGCUUCGAAUGCCUGCACGUCUUCCCUGCAUACCCAGAGGGCGGCUGGAUGCGCAAGGCUAUGGCGGUUUUCCGGGAUAACGUUGAUUUGCGGGAGUUGUGCGUGGGAAUCAAUGGAAUUAGGGUUAAAGGAUCCAACCUGGUCGCUUAUCUACACGCGGGCAGUAGCCAACGCGUCCGUAUCUCGAACCCGUUGAUCAACCACAAGUCCGUCGCCCUUUCCUUGCUUCAUAAGGCCGUUAAGAUCUUGGCCGUCCUCGACAAGCGCGCUGGUCAGUACAUAGAUGAAGCCGGUGAACAAAACCAGCACGAGAUCACGAAGGACAUUGCCAUCCGCGUCGAUUACGUCUCCACAUCUACCAAUCCGCUAAUCGUCAAGGCUCGCGGCAUCUUGCCGGGUGAUUUGGAUGAUGAUCCAUCACUAACACAUCCCGACCGAGUUCCCGAUUCCGCUGAUGUCAUUUUCAAGCGUGACGAGCGAGUCCUAAAUAUGCUUGACGAGAUUGCCUUCUACAUGCGCGUCGUCUACUCGUUCAAUUUGCUCAACUACGAGAUGUUCACAGAAGAAGAAACGCUGCCUAACAAAUGCGAAGUAUUCCACAUCCGAGGCCAAGACAUCAAAGCCGUAGAUGACGACAAGCUGCCCAUGUUCAAGAAGGGGGAGCUGAGGGCUUUUGAAAAUGAGCUCGAGCAGAAAUUGGGGCCCUUCUACACGGCUCGGUUGGUGCCCGACACGCAGCUGGCCGCCUUGGGAUUGUUGGACCUUGAAAGCGCCGCUGAGGAGUUCAUCCAAGCCAACACCGUGCAGCUCAGUGAGGGCAAGUGGCUUUGUCCAUUGUCGGGCAAGAAAUUCAAGGGACUCGAGUUCAUCCGCAAGCACAUCACCAGCAAGCACAUGGACGCGGUGGAAGCUUCCAAGGCUGAGGGCGCCUUCUUCAACAACUAUCUACGCGACGCCGAUCGGCCGUGGAUCAACGUCAGCAAGCCGGCUCCCGACAGGCGCUCCUACGAGCCGCGUGAACCACGUUAUCCGGUUCGUGAACGUUUUGAGAGGGAAGAGCACCCGCCGAGUGCCAAGAGGACCUUCCCCGGCAAGCGCCAGCCCUACGUCUACAAGGACCUCGACGCCGUCGACGACAACGUGGCGACCAUCUUC